AAAGUUUUUCAUUAUUUCCUCCCUCCCCGAUCCCAUUUCUCCCAUCCAAACCCUCCCCAAUUCCAUCUCUGCUCCCAUUAGGGUUUCUCCUAUCCCGGAGCAAACCCUAACCCCAUCCAUGGAGCAAUCCAAGAGGAAGAGGGGCCGCAAGCGCAAGAAGCCCGUCGCCGAGACCAUGGACCUCCAGAAGCCCAACACCGGCGCCUCCUCCGCCUCCGCCUCCGCCUCCGCCCUCGGCGAGGCCGAGGUCCCCGAGGAGCGGCCCAGCCCCCAGCGCGGCAGGGGCCGGCCCCGCAAGGUCCAGCGCCAGGACACAUCCAAGGAGGUCGUCGCCGAGAAAGGUUCUUCUUCCCCUCUCCGGCGGGAAUCCCAGGUGGUGGCGAGCAACGGGGAUUCCAGCGACCUUCUUACGCACAACCUAGCGAUGGUGGCCAUGGAGCCGCCGGCGCCGAGGUGGGACCAGGUGGUGAAGGUGGUGCCCUCGAGGGAUGCUGUUGUCAAGGUUUUCUGUGUGCAUACGGAGCCAAAUUUUUCUCUCCCGUGGCAGCGGAAACGGCAGUAUAGCUCGAGCAGCAGCGGGUUCAUCAUCAGCGGGAGGCGGGUGCUGACCAAUGCCCACUCGGUUGAGCACUACACCCAGGUCAAGCUCAAGAAGCGUGGGUCGGACACCAAGUACGUGGCGACUGUGCUGGCCAUUGGGACCGAGUGCGAUAUUGCCAUGUUGACCGUUAGUGAUGAUGAAUUUUGGGAGGGUGUUUCUCCAGUGGAGUUUGGGUCUCUACCUGCACUCCAAGAUGCUGUUACUGUUGUUGGUUACCCAAUUGGAGGAGACACAAUUUCUGUGACAAGUGGUGUUGUGUCACGUAUAGAGAUACUAUCAUAUGUCCAUGGCACCACAGAGCUCUUAGGGCUGCAGAUAGAUGCAGCAAUAAACUCAGGCAAUUCUGGUGGACCUGCUUUUAAUGACAAGGGCAAAUGUGUUGGUAUUGCAUUUCAGUCCCUGAAACAUGAUGAUGUGGAAAAUAUAGGCUAUGUGAUACCAACGCCUGUUAUUUUGCACUUUAUUAAUGAUUAUGAGAAGUCAGGAGAAUAUACAGGAUUCCCUAUCCUUGGGAUUGAGUGGCAGAAAAUGGAAAAUCCUGAUCUCCGGAAAGCAAUAGGAAUGUCACCUAACCAAAAGGGUGUGCGUGUAAGGAGAGUAGAGCCUACUGCACCAGAAUCUGACUUUCUUAAACCAUCUGAUAUUAUUCUCAGCUUUGAUGGUGUUGAUAUUGCUAAUGAUGGAACUGUUCCUUUCAGGCAUGGAGAGCGCAUUGGGUUUAGUUACCUCGUUUCUCAGAAGUACACUGGGGAGAAUGCCGUGGUUAAAGUGUUACGUGAAAAGAGAGUUUACGAGUUUAACAUAAAACUUGCAACUCACAAGAGGCUCGUUCCAGCUCACAUCAGGGGGAAGCCUCCGUCAUAUUACAUAAUUGCAGGCUUUGUCUUCACUACAAUUUCUGUUCCAUAUCUUCGUUCAGAGUAUGGAAAGGAUUAUGAAUAUGAUGCACCCGUAAAAUUGUUGGACAAACAUUUACAUGCAAUGGCGCAAUCACAUGAUGAGCAACUCGUGGUGGUUUCCCAGGUGCUUGUGGCAGAUAUUAAUAUUGGUUAUGAAGAUAUUGUCAACAAUCAGGUACUUUCUUUCAAUGGUCAACCAGUCAAGAAUCUGAAAACCUUGGCAUCCAUGGUAGAGAACUGUGAUGAAGAAUUUUUGCAGUUUGAUCUAGAGUACCAGCAGAUUGUAGUCCUCAAGACAGAGACUGCAAAGGCUGCUACAAAGGACAUCCUCCUCACACAUUGUAUACCUUCAGCUAUGUCCGACGAUUUGAAGACAUGAAGAGGAAGCGGAAUGAAGAUGAAAGCAUUAUGCAGGCUUUUGCAGGUUUCUUUUGGAAGAAGUCCCAAUUAAGCCAUGUAAUCAGUUAGUAAGAUGCUACAAAGGAAAUUUCAUAUUUCUCAGAUAUCAGGGGCUCGCUGUCUAUUAUAGGCAUGCCUCUACUUAUAGUGUAGCUAUAUUAUUCUUGACAAGCGGUAAGCUAGCAUAUUUUCUGAUGUCAUGCCAAGUUACUCCUUGCAGUCUAGACACUGCUGGGUACUCCUGUGAGAAGUAAAUUAUCUCAGUAGGGAUUUUUUGUAUGAUCCCAAGAGAUAAAGAUAAAGAUAAACACUGAAGUUCCAUGGAAUAUUUAAGUUAUUCAUUUUGUUUUAAACUUUUAA